CGAUGGAGCAGCGGGAGGGUCCCGGGAUCGGGCCCGGCUCGGGCGAGGCGCUGGCCGCCCUGGCCGCCUUCGGGAAGCUGCUGCUGAGCCUGGCGCCCGUGUACGUGGCCGGGCGGCUGGGCCUGAGCCUGGGCUUCGUGCUGCUCGGCCUGGCGCUGUACGCGGGCUGGCGGGCGGCGCGGCGCGCCAAGGAGCGGAGCCUGCGGGCCGCCCGCCGCCUGCUGCAGGACGAGGAGCGCCACGUGAGCGCCGCCGCCGCCGGCCUCUGCCUGAGCGCGCGGGAGCUGCCGGCCUGGGUCAGUUUCCCGGAUGUGGAGAAGGCCGAAUGGCUCAACAAGAUCCUGGCCCAGGCCUGGCCUUUCUUCGGGCAGUACAUGGAGAAGUUGCUGGUGGAGAAUAUCGCCCCCAUGAUCCGCGCCUCCAACACCCACCUGCAGACCUUCGCCUUCACCAAGGUUGACAUGGGCGAGAAGCCCCUCAGGGUCAUGGGCGUGAAUGUUCACACUGGCCAGAACAAGAAGCAAAUCCUGCUGGACCUGACUAUCAGCUACGUGGGGGACGUGCACAUCGACGUGGAGGUGAAGAAAUUCUUCUGCAAGGCUGGGGUGAAGGGGAUGCAGCUGCACGGGGUGCUGCGUGUCAUCCUGGAGCCCCUCAUCGGGGACAUGCCCAUCGUGGGGGCCCUGACCAUGUUUUUCAUCCGACGCCCCACUCUGGACAUUAACUGGACUGGGAUGACCAACCUCCUGGACAUCCCAGGGCUCAGCUCCCUGUCGGACUCGAUGAUCAUGGACUCCAUUGCGGCUUUCCUGGUGCUACCCAACCGCCUGCUGGUGCCCCUGGUGCCCAACCUGCAUGAUGUGGCCCAGCUCCGCUCCCCGCUGCCCAGGGGGAUUGUCCGCGUCCACCUCCGGGAGGCCAGGGACCUGCAGUCCAAGGACAAGUACGUGAAGGGGCUGAUCGAGGGCAAGUCGGACCCCUACGCCCUCGUCCGCGUGGGCACCCAGGUCUUCACCAGCCAGGUCAUCGACGAGAGCCUGAACCCCGCCUGGAACGAGACGUACGAGUUCGUGGUGCACGAGGUGCCGGGCCAGGAGCUGGAGGUGGAAGUGUUUGACAAGGACCCCGACCAGGACGACUUCCUGGGCAGGAUGAAGCUGGAUUUCGGGGAGGUGCUGAAGGCCCGCGUGCUGGAGGAGUGGUUCCCGUUGCAGGACAGUGGCCGGGGUCAGCUCCACCUGCGUCUGGAGUGGCUCACGCUCCUGUCCGACGCCUCCAAGCUGGAGCAGGUCCUCCAGAGGAACCGGGGAAUCUCCUCCAAGCCGGAGGCGCCAUCGGCUGCCAUCCUGGUUGUCUACCUGGACCGGGCCCAGGAGCUUCCCCUGAAGAAGCCCGGCAAGGAGCCCAACCCCAUGGUGCAGCUCUCGGUGCAGGACGUCACGCGGGAGAGCAGAGUUGUCUAUAACACCAGCUCCCCAGUCUGGGACGACGCCUUCCGCUUCUUCCUCCAGGACCCAGCCAAUCAGGACAUCGACAUCCAGGUGAAGGACGACACGCGCCAGACCAGCCUGGGCUCGCUCAGCGUCCGUCUGUCCCGCCUGCUGAGUGCCGAGGACCUGACGCUGGACCAGUGGUUCCAGCUGGAGAACUCGGGGCCAGGCAGCCGCAUCUACAUGAAGCUCGUCAUGCGGAUCCUGUUCCUGGACGCCCCCGAGGUCUGCAACACUCCCCAGCCGUGCGCCCCGGGGCAGUUGGACGGGGAAACCAGCACCUUUGCUGGCAGCAGUGUGGACAUGCCGCCCCGGCCCAGCCGAGCCAGCCCUGACGCCCAGUUUGGCACCGAGAGCGUGAUCCGCAUUCACCUGCUGGAAGCCGAGAACCUGAUCGCCAAGGAUAACUUUAUGGGCGGCAUGAUCCGGGGCAAGUCGGACCCCUACGCCAAGGUGCGGCUGGGUGGGCAGAGCUUCCGCAGCCACGUCGUCAAGGAGGAGCUGAGCCCCCGCUGGAACGAGGUCUACGAGGUCGUUGUGAACGAGAUCCCAGGCCAGGAGGUGGAGUUCGAGAUCUACGACAAAGACAUUGACAAGGACGACUUCCUGGGCAGGUGUAAGAUCGCCCUGAAGCGAGUCCUGAGCAGCCGGUUCAUCGAUGAGUGGCUCCCCCUGGAGGAUGUGAAAUCCGGCCGCCUCCACGUGAGGCUGGAGUGCCUGGCCCCCACCCCCAACAGCGCCGAGCUGGAGCAGGUGCUGAUGGUGAACAGCCUGACCCAGACCCAGCGGAGCGCGGAGCUGUCGUCCGCCCUGCUCUCCGUCUUCCUAGACCGGGCGGCUGACCUGCCGCUCCGGAAGGGCUCCAAGCCCCCCUGCCCCUACGUCAGCCUUUCCGUCCGGAACGUCUCCUACAAGAGCAAGACCGCCACCUCCACCUCGGAGCCCAUCUGGGACGAAGGCUUCUCCUUCCUCGUCAAGCGCCCCCACGUGGAGUCCUUGGAGCUGCAGGUGAAGGACGAGGGGGGGCAGGGCCUGGGGUCGCUGAGCCUGCCCCUCACCCAGCUGCUGGCGGCUGAGACGCUGACGCUCGAUCGCUGGUUCCCGCUCAGCCGCGCCGGCCCUGGCAGCCAGGUCCUGCUGCGAGUGCAGCUUGGGAUCCUGGUCUCCCAGCACUCGGGGGCGGAGCCCCGCAGCGCCCCAUCAGCUGGCGAGGAGGCUGAGAGCCCCCCCGGGGGGUCGGAGCCGGAGCUGUACGUCGGGGAGGACGGGGAGCCCGGGGCUGCCGGGCCUGCCCAGGAGCUGCGCCAGCGCCUCACCCACGUGGACAGUAACUCGGAGCUGGUGGAGGGCCCCCUGGGCCAGCUGCAACUCACAGUCUGGUACCACAUGGACGAGCGCAAGCUAGUUGUCAUCGUACAUUCCUGCAGGAAGCUGAGGGCCAGUUCGAAGGACAUUCCUGACCCCUAUGUCUCUCUGAUCCUCCUGCCUGACAAGAACCGCGUGACCAAGAGGAAAACCACCGUGCGGAAAAGGACUCUGAACCCCGAGUUCAAUGAGAGGUUUGAGUGGGAACUGCCCCCGGAGGAGGCCACCCGGAGGAGGCUCGAGGCCUGCGUCAAAAACAGCGUCUCCUUCAUGUCCCGGGAGAAGGAGCCCCUGGGGAAGGUGCAUCUUGACCUGUCGCAGAUGGACCUGGCCCAGGUCAAGGCCCAGUGGCACAACUUGAAAGAGAACAGGAGCAGCUCUUAGUCCCCGUGACAGCCCCCGCUUCCCAGCAGGGCCCAGCCCACGCCCACCCCCCGUGGCACCAGCCUUCGCUCGCCUGGCUCUGAGCACUCGCAUCUCUUCUGUUCUCUUCAGUGUAAAGCCAUGCGGGGGGAGACACUGGGGGGAGGCUGUGGACAGGGGUGUCGCACGCCCCCCAUUUCCUGCCCUGUGUCACUGAUCAGGGAUGCCAAACGCAAUCUGCCUUUUAACUGACCAAAGAAAAUGGACCCGCGGGCGGAGCCAGGUAGGGGCCUGGGGCCUUGUCAGCAGGCACUGGCUUUUGGGCACGAUCCCAGAUGUUGCAGGGGUCAGGCAGCAGGAUGGGGCGUCCCCCACAAGAACCCCACCCACCUGGUCCAAAAUGCAGGCCCUGCCAGACGGCACCGCGGGGCGGGAGUUGCUCGGCACCGGGGGACUCUGGCUGAGCUGCCGCAGUGUGGUAGAGAGAGCAGCCCAGAUGCCAUGGUGAUGGGCAUGGGUGAGACCCCGCCGAGCCGCGGAGGGCAGGGAUCCCGUCCUGCCCAGCGAGAACCACAGGGGGUUUAUCGCCCCAAGAAGGAAAGAUCCCCCCUGACCCUGUACCCAGCAGCAGAGUUCCCAGCUCCAGCACAGAACCCCCUGGCCCCACUGCAAAAUGUAGCCGCUCCUGCUCUUCGCUAAGGGUCUGGACCCCUCCCCCCCCGUGUCUCGCUCUCCCCAAGGUCCUCACCUUGUUUUUCUUUGUUGUAUUUCUUUGUGCCAGUUUCUCGGCUUUUUUACGUUAUUUAUCUCACGUGCCUUUUAAUUCUUGUUUUAAAAGCAGCCGGCUCAGGGGGGAGAGAGGCGGACUCCAGGCUGGCUGCACGGGGCAGAAGGCCUCUGCCCCCCCCCCCCCCCCCCGGGCAUGGGUUGAAGGUAGAUUCCUCUGGAUGAUGCCCUGGUCCCUCCCCGGGGGAGCCGCCCCCUGCUCAAGCCAAAAACUCUCAUGCCGUAUUUAUCUGUAUUGUGAAGACGCUGCUUUCUGAGUGUUUGCACCACGAAGGUCUCAUGUGGCUGGCGUCAGCCGGGCACCCCCGCUGCCUGUGAGGCCGGGCCCACGCCUGCCAGGCCAGCACCGCUGUAACCCGCCUCUGUCAAUAAAAGUGAGGAGUCGAUCGAC